CUCUCUCCCUCUCUCCCUCUCUCCUCCCUCUUCACCCACCGGUCUUACCUUCCACGCCGCACUCGUUUAAUAUCCACCUCGAUUCCCACCUCAUUCUUUCACUCCCCUCCCAUCUUUCAACUUGCUCUUCCAACCCUAUAAGAAGAAUAAAGAGUUCCACCAGGGCAAAGAUCACCCAGGCUCUGCGAUAUUCAGCUUCCAUCCCUUCGCUCGUUGCUGCUUCAAUCCCACUACCCUCAACUUCUUACUGCUCCUGCCCUUACCUCUUUAAAUAUCUCUGGACAAUCCUCCCUUCCUCCUCCCCGUCUACCGAUCAUCCUUCGUCCAAGACGAUCCGUGUCCCUUCGGCAGCCAUCCUCGAACGCCUUCCCAUAUCUGAGAUUUCCUUCUCAAUCGGCCGGUCCUACGCUCGUUUCUCACCCCCUCAACACCAGCAGCCAUGAUGAACACUCAGGCAAUGGCGCCGCAGUCAGCGAUGGUCGAACACCAUCGUUUAGCUAGAGAUGCCUUUCCAUACCCAGCAGGAUUUGUCCUACAUUACGCAUCACAGCUAUCACCCCCCCGCGCUGGAUCCGGGGGUCUCUCUCUGUCCGGCUCCGAUCCCAUUCGUACUCACCAUCACCACCAGCGCCAGCACCACCACCACCACCACCACCACCAGCCGCAGCAACAUCACCACCAGCACCAACUUCACCAGCAACACCAGCAGCAGGAACACCAACUUGCGACUGCGUUAGCAAACUCGAGUCCUAAGCAACAGCAACUGCCUUCCCCCGCAUCCGAGAUGGGCAAUGCCUUCGAGGAUACCCCCGCUAGCCUGGAGGGGUUCCCCACUCAAGCGGAAUUCGAGAACCUUCUCAACGAGUACAUUCUUUCGCUCUCCCCCAAGAAGAGGGACAAGGCCCUUAUCCCUCAAAAACGCUAUGACAACAUUCUAGCCGUCCUCCGUGAUCCCAAGUGCACAACCAUUGAGUCCGCUCAGUUUAGGUUCUGGGCAAAGAAGAUGUUCCGCUUGGUGCCUGACGAUGACAACGUUGGCGUUGUUUGCCAUGAGGGCAAGCCGGUGGCCGUGAGAGAGCAGCUUUACCAUGUACUGACAUCCUCUCACGGACAGGCCCAACAUGGUGGACGUGACAAGACGUCGGCUCAAGUUCGCAAAUAUUUCUCCUGGUACGUUAAUGGAAAAUCAAAAGCCCUCUCUUUUAUUACUGCGCAAGCAAGCACGUCAAGUUCCAUGGUAAAAUUCUUAAGAACGGAGGUGCCUACCGCUCUCCUGUGCCCUUCCUUUCCGGUGAAGUAAGAGGAAAGAAGAACAAGCAUAGAUGAACACAGCUCCCUUUCAAAGUCUCCCCCUACUAAGCCUCUCUUCUCCCCAUCCCGUCAUAUUUUCCCAGCGAAGAAAGAAAAGAAAAAAAAAGCCCAGACACCACUCUGUAGUAAGCCCAGGCUAACAUUUUGGCUUUUUCUUCGCAAUCAGGGUCCCCAAGGAGCUCAUUGCCCGUUUCGUCCGAAAUUGCCCCAGUUGCACUCUCCGGCGCAGUAACCCCUUGGAAUACUCUGUAGCAAACAGUGCUCGCCAAGCAAUUGAUACUACCCCCACAUACAUCACCUCCUCCGCCAGUUCUUCCCAACGAUCAUCCAUGAGCUCCAUGAGCUCACCGAUGACCACCAUGCCUCCCAGUCACCAGGUAGUGGCUCAGUUGGCCCUGGUUUCCUCUCCACCCCCCUCGAACCUCGUUCCCGCCACCGCAAACUCUCAUACCUACUCCUACUCCUUCCCCGAAAUGCCUCUUGACCCACGCAUGUACGGUCCUAGCGACUUAUCCAACUGAAGGAGCGGACGGCAUUACUAGAGCCUUGCAGCGCCGUGCAGCGGGUGAAGGAGGGGGGAGGCGGCGACAGCAGACGGACAUGGAGAGAGAUAAACGAAAAACCUCUUUUUAAAAUACAAAAAAUAACAAAUGGACUAAUUGCUUCCAAGUUUUUCAUGGGAUCACGUUUGUAUGGAAUCUUUUUUACUGGGGUCAUCCGGGGUCUGUUGAUUCUCUUUUUUUCUAUUUUCCACGAAAUGGCCUGACAUUUCUUGCUUUUGGGGUUUACAUUAUCUUGGUCCGCAACUUUUUCUUUUUUUUUCUUCUUUUUCUACUCGGGGGAACAAAAAAAAAAGCUCCGUACAGCGGGGAAGGAGAAGGAAGGGCGGUCGGUCGGUGGUGGGGGUGGGUAGCGGUGGAGGUAGUUCAGAAAAAUACUUUCUUGUCUUUACUUUUGUCGAAAUAGGUUUCCCCCCCGCCAAGGUUUACCGUGAUUUUCAUUUCAUUUCCCUUUCGCAUUCUUCUCACUUGCAUUGGGAUUUCUCGUGCUUGGUCUCUUUUCUUUUCUCGGCCGCUUGGGGCCGUCGUCCUCGCCAGCGGAGCCAGGCAGUCCAUUGGAGAAUACGGGCUAAGGGUUACUAAUACUAAGCUUUCGUGUAGUAUUCGUUUUUCUUCUCUAAUCUCUAUAUUCCCUCUAUCCUUCAGUCCUAUCACCCUUUCCCAUUCUAUCUUUCGUUCCCCUAUGUACAUAUAUUCCGACCGCCGAAAUAUGCCUUUUGAUGUUUCUGUG